UGGGAGAAGAACAUUACACUAGGGGAGCCCCCUGGAUUCCUGCAUUCAUGGUGGUGUGUAUUCUGGGAUUUGUACUGUGCCGCUCCAGACCGCCGUGAGACCUGCGAGCACUCCAGUGAGGCCAAGGCCUUCCAUGACUAUAUUUUACUGUAAAAACAAUGACUGUAAAGCCCCAUAGACGCAUGCAGCGACUUCCAGCGACAAAGCGACGCAGUCCCAUUAAUUUUCAAUGAGAGCUGGUGACUUCUGGUGGCAUGAGCAACCUCUGACGACUAGAUGUGGGCGUGGCGAGCGACACCACAACAGAGUUGAAAAAAGUUCAACUUUAUGCAAAUGAGGAGUGACUUUCGGGUGCGACAACCAAUUGGAGUGAAACGGUGUUCAGUGGAGCUCACGUCACCCAUCUCCUUUUAGAUAAUGGAGUCGAGUGCAGACAAGACAGAGGAGAUGAAGUUCCUGCGAGCGUUUUCACUGUUCUUUAUUAUUUGUCUGUAACCCCAUACAUGGAUAUAAUAAAAAUUAUGCGUGGAAAGGAAAUUGUCAGCAGUCUGAAGUGCAGCAGCAGCCCCCAGCCCUGUAAUGGGCAACAUGCCCCCCAAUGACGGCAUGCCCGGUGGACCCAUGCCCCCUGGCUUCUUUCAGGGGCCUCCCGGCUCGCAGCCGUCACCACACGCACAGCCUCCCCCACACAAUACCAGCAACCCCAUGAUGGGACCACACGGCCAGCCUUUCAUGUCUCCACGGUACCCAGGUGGACCACGGCCGUCUCUUCGCAUGCCAAAUCAGCCUCCUGUAGGAGUUCCAGGGCCACAACCACUCCUGCCAAACAGUUUGGACCCAACCAGACCACAAGGACAUCCUAACAUGGGUGGCCCAAUGAGAAUGAAUCCUCCCAGGGGGAUGGGCGGCAUGGGCCCUCAGAACUAUGGGGGUAUGAGGCCUCCUCCUAACUCUCUAGGUGGUCAAGGCAUGCCUGGAAUGAACAUGGGUCCUGGAGGACGCGGCCCCUGGCCAAACCCAAAUGCUAACUCGAUAGCAUACUCUUCCUCGUCUCCCGGCAACUAUGUGGGUCCGCCAGGAGGAGGUGGGCCACCAGGAACUCCUAUAAUGCCAAGCCCAGGAGACUCCACAAACUCCAGUGAAAACAUCUACACAAUGAUGAACCCUAUCGGACCAGGAGGCAACAGACCGAAUUUCCCCAUGGGUCCUGGUCCUGAUGGCCCAAUGGGCGGGAUGGGUGGCAUGGAACCCCACCAUAUGAACGGAUCGUUAGGAUCUGGUGACAUGGAUGGGUUGCCAAAGAACUCCCCCAACAAUAUGGCAGGCAUGAACAACCCACCGGGCACACCGCGGGAUGACGGAGAGAUGGGGGGCAACUUCCUCAACCCAUUUCAAAGUGAAAGUUAUUCACCCAACAUGACGAUGAGUGUGUGAUUUUUCAUCUUUAUUUUUUAUUUUGGGUUUUCUUUUUUGUUUUGUUUUCAAACCCCUUUGUUCCCUGUUCCUUUUUUUAACCCCGCCCCCUUCACAUCUAUGAAUCCUGGCACCCUCUGCCCACGGACCUCUGGCUUUGCCACACAGCCAUCUGGGAUACCCCCUGAGCACCGGACUCGUAUAAAGGUGGCCCAUCCCAGCCUGUGCAAAAUGGCAGCCGGCAACAGGAAACAGCCUCAGAGAUACAGGAAGAGCUUGUUGACUGAUUCUCCCUGCCUCCCAGACUUUCUCCAUGGCUCAGGACAUUGAUGGGGCUGAACACACAUGGACAGGUGUGUGUAAGUGCAGUGUCAACAGAGCAGGCAGUGUGUCAUCAGGCUGCUCACAUCUUUGUGAACUCACUCCACUUUUUAAUUUUUUAUUUUUUUAAUCUUCGUUGGAUGCAGUAGUUUUUACAGUGGAAAAUAUCUGCACCCGAUACUUUUAUCCUACAUUUUAUUGUGUACAUUUGAAAUGCAAUUGGAAACUCAUGAUAAUGGGUUUGACAAAGGAUGUUUUCAUUAUUCUGUAUAUGUAUUGUAUUAUCAAUUGUUGAUUUUUUUUUUUUUUUUUUAUUGAAAUGAUGGUUAUUGAUUAGGUUUUAAUUGUUUUGGAAGGGGCACAUUGUAUGUAAAUCAUGCAUUCAAAAUAAGCACACUCACCCAUAAUCACAAUAACAGUGUCAUGACUUUUGCAGUAAGUCUAUGCUAUGUUUUGUGUUUGCUGUGAAAUCUUACCUCCUGCAGAUUUAGCCAUACCUUUCAGAAUACAUCUCUAGAAUACAGCUGUAUAAGGAGCAGUCACCAGAGACGUAGUUUUAUUGUGACUCAGCUCAGAGAGCAUCUUAAACGUAUAAGGGGCCAUUCACACCGAACACGCUUUUUUUGUGUUUUGUCAGUGCUGGUUUUCAUGUAAACAUGCACUAGAUGGACGUCUUUGACCAUGGAAUGGCAUCCCGCUGUUUUAUUUUUCCCCCCAGCGUCUACUGGAACACUGCAUUCUUUAGAUGCGGUAUCAAGUUUAAAGAACUUUAACUUUUGAAAACGUGUCAUCUCAAGACUGUUCUGUUUGUUGCACUGUCUAGUUUUUCACCGCAAAAAAUACUUUCCAUCCAUUUGCACUGUUUUUCAGUUAUUUUGCAUGUAAACAUGCGCUGAACAGACAUCUUUGACCGAUGUGCUUGGUCUCGCUGUUUUUCAGCGACUUGCACAUGAGCACUGCAUUCUUUAGACAUGGUGUCAAGUUUAAAAAACGCAUCUUUAGACACCUGCGUUCUGUUCUAUUCAUUGCGCUGUUUAGCUUUAGCACAAGAAUGCUUUGCGUCCAUCUACAUUGUUUUUAAUUUAUUUUGCUGUGUAAAUGUGCGCUAAACCGACAUCUUUGACCAUUGCGCCGCGCCUCAUGCAGAAGUACCGCAUUCUUUAGAUGCAGUGCCAGGUUUAAAUCUAAAGUAUUUAAUUUCUGCAACACUAGCUCCACCAAACGGAAUUGCAAAAAUAAACAUUGUUUUUGAAACAGCUUUCUGAAUACGCCCCCAUCUGAUGGUCAAACAAUGAGAUAGUCCCAACCCCAACUCACGGCAUUGGUUGAGUGACAUUGUUGGGGCGGGUCUAAUCGGGUCGCUCAGAACAAACCGCCACAGAAAGACGGUGCUUACAGUUUUGGGCUUACUUAUAGUUGUCUCUGCAUAUUAAGCUGGGAUAGGAGAAAGUAUUUUAAGCAGAAAAAGUUACAUCCUUCAGAUUUAAAGAAUUUCAACUUUUAGAAACACGUCUCGAGACACCUGUGUACUGUUCUAUUCAUUUUGCGGUGUCUAGCUUUUUUUAGUGCAAGAAUGCUUUGUGUCCAUCUGCACUGUUUUGCUGAUUGUAUGUCGCUAUGUAAACGUGCUAGACAGAUGUCUUUUACCGUUGUGCCACAUCUCACAUUACAGCACCACGUUUUUUAGUCAAGUUUAAAAGAACUUAAACCUUUAAAAACGGGUAUUCAAAAAUAAUACUUCUGGUGUACGAAUAACUUUUUUAUUGUCAGUGUGAAGAGUCAAUUAAAAUAAAAGCUUUUUAAUUGCAAGUAGCACUCCAAAAUCACUACUUUAAAAACGCGUCUUGAGACAUUCGUGUUAUGUUCUGUUCUGUUCAUCGCGCUGUCUAGCUUUUCUUAGAGCAAGAAUGCUUUGCGGCAAUCUGCAUCGUUUUAAAUUAUUUUUCUUUGUAAACAUACACUAAGCAGACAUCUUUGAUCACUGUGCCGCGUCUUGCUGGUUUUCCAGCGUCUUGCGCAGGGGCACUGCAUUCUUUAGACGCUGUGUCAAAUUUAAAGAACUUUUAAAAACUUUUAAAAACAUGUCUCGAAACACAUGCAUUCUGUUCUUUUUAGUGCAAGAAUGCUUUAUAAUUUUGCUAUGUAAACAUGCGGUAGACGGACCAUCUGGCUGGGGUUUUUUUUAGUGUCUUGCGCAAGAGCACCAUGUUUUUUAGACACUAUGUCAAGUCACAAGACAUUUGAGUUCUGUCCAAGUCAUUGCGCUGUGUCUGGCAUUUUUUUUUGCACAAGAACACGUUCGGUCUGAACAGCCUCUAAGGCAAAGAAAGCGAGUCAUCAGACAGAAACCAGCAAUGAAUAUGACCACUCUGACCAGACAAUAUUUAAAACAUCAAGUUUUAUCCUGGACUAAAAUCUCAAGUUAUUUGUAGAGAGGUAGUGAUAUCCUUUGAAAGCAUUGAAGAAACUGCUAUUCUAUCUUGGUACAAAGUGGUUAUACAUAGUACUAAACUCAACUAAAAGACUAUGGAUGAGAGACGACUGCUCAUACAGUAUCACAUCAGGACAUGUAGUAAUUUUCACCUUAUUUAUUUGAUUUCUUUUUAGUUCAUUAAUAGAUUUAUUGUGCACAUGUCUUGAAAGCAACCCCUCUGGACAUACUGUACACAUGUAAAUAUGCCUGUCUGAGAUACCUCCUAAAGGUUUUUAUGCUUCUGUCCCUGCCCUCUGGCUUCACUGGCGACCCUCAUGCUCGUUUCCCCUUUAUGCUUGUUUCUAAACUUGUUGACUUUUGGAACAGGCAUCUAAACACAUGAUGUUUCAGUACUGAUGAGGUUCCUAUUGGCUGGGUGCUCACCAUUGGAAAGCUACAACCGUAGGAAUAGAAUUGACUCUUCAAACACAUUUAGUUAAUUAUAGUUUUUAAAGGUACUAUCUGUGUUCCAUAUUAUGGAUUGUUUAUAUAUGUUUUUAAGUUAAAGAGAGGUUGUUUUGUUCUCCUCAAAAACAGCUAUAAGUACACCAUAAUGCUAGCAUAUAUCUACUAGCCUAUGCUCAGAAAAGGGUCCAGUGUUAAUGCACGUGAUGAUCAGUUUCUGGCUCACAACGGUCAUUUUAAAACCGCAGCGUGUAAUUUCUGCACCACUAGUGACACCAAACGGAAUUGCAAUCUGCAUGUUUGAGUGACUUGACAUGGAAACAUAAGCUGGGGCAGAACUGUCUGUUUGGCCAAACAUUGAAAGACUGAGAGUGUGUUAAAAACUUGUUUGAAAACAGUCAUUAUUUUUGUAACUUUGCAGAAAUUACACACUGCAGUUUUAAAAUGUAAGUGCUUGGAUGUUGCCUCAUAUUAUCAGCUCAUUCAAUUUCAAUUGAAAUUACUUUGGUCUUCCAUGUCUUUGGGGUUUAUUAAUUGUUGUGUAUUUUCAAAAUGUGUUUUUGAAGAUUAUCCGUGGGUCUCAGUGUGAAAUGGUUUUCCAAAUGGAAAGUUUACCCCCAAAAAAAAUCAUUCAUUCACCCUCAUUAUAUUCCAAACCUGUCUGUCUGACUUCCAUGGAACACAAAAGGAGUUAGGCUUUAUGUUAGAGGCUGACAACCUCUGUUCCCAUUCACUUUCAUUGUAUGGAAAAAAAGCUGCAAUGAAAGUGAAGUGAAGUGAUAAGGCUGCAAGUUCUUAACAUUCUGCCUAAUAUUUUUUGUGGUCAGUAGAAGAGAGAAAGUCAUACAGGUUUGGAUUCAUACAUCAUGAUUUACAUCAAAUGGAGUUAUACAUUUUCAUUGGAUGAAUAGGAACAGGUAAAUAUCAGAGCUUAAUGCAAUAGUCGUCGUGCUGAUUACAUUUAUACACUAAUUCUGUAUUUAACUUCUCUAACACAUGAAAUUGAACCUGUUUUCAAGCUCUCCUCAACUCCACGACACAAUGUACACAAACACAUUUAAAGUGUCUAUCUUAUUUUAUUACUUUGUUUGUUGUAAAUACUGUAAAAUGCAUUUUGAUAUCAUUGACAUGUUUUAUAUUUCUGGGGGGCGGGGGGAUGUAAAGGAAGACCCCAUCUUUGUAGUUAAAGAGUCGCUGUUCUGUCUUUUGACACUCCACUGUACAGAUGUACUAAAUUAAUCAUGCAAAUGUAAAGAUUUUGUCAGUCUUUACUUAGUAAAUGACUUCUGAAAGCUCAUGUUUGGGAGAAUAGGAAAGAUCAGGCGUUUGAACUGGUUGUAUGUUUGGCAUAACCAAGCGCACCUCAAAAACCAGAAUCAUGUGUUGGACGCAUGCGGAGGGCCAAAGCCUCACGAUACAUUUAGUGUCCUCACUUUGCACUUUGCAGAUAGCAGCCCACCUAUUAACACAUUUCCUAUAUGAAAAUACAUUAACACAGGAAGUUGUCUCUUUACAUACAAAAGGGACCACUCAUUGCAAACUUUACUAUGAAGGAUAAGAUUUUUAUCUAUUUAAAGUAAAAAACACACACAAAAAAGGUUUAAAAAAUAACGGAGUACGGAUAAAAAAAAAAAAAGUUAAAGAGUGGAGGGAGUUGUCCUUCCUGUUAUCUUGAUAUAGUGUUUUAUAGAUUGCAGUCUCUCCUCUGCCAGUCCUCUGUAUGUAAACCACUCAUGUUGUUUGCCAUCUCUGUAAUUCUAUUGUGACGCUGUACAAUACUGUAACAUUAGCGAGGAGUUGAGGUGCAGAGGGGCUUUAAAUGUGGGAAUGAAAAAUUCUCCACAGUUCAUUGUUCUUUCUGACAAAUGAAAAGCAGUAUUGAGUAUAAAGCAGUCUGUCUCCUGGGUUUGCUUUGUAUAUCAUGUUUAGGGUAGUUUGGAUCCUUGUCUUAGGGACUCUUUCUGUCUUGUGUAGUAAAUUAAAACGUUCUUUAUAUGUUUCUUUAUACUGUAAAGUUUCUUUUAGGUUUAAAAGUUGCUUAUUAAAAAAAAAAAGGAUGGAAAAGUGCAUCAAUAAUGUAUUUUGUUCUUUUCGGUUUCUUUUUAUCAUGGAGUUGUUGCUUAUUUUUUGCUUGUCCCUUCGUUGUAGAUACAGAUUUAAGACUAAUAAAAUAACAUAACCCCUUUUACCAAGA